AUGGACACCAACAUCUCCGCCUCGACGUGGCGCGCGCUCGGCCUGACCGUGGCGGCGACGUACAUGGGCCUGGGGACGUUCGCGAUCACCUGCCCCGUGCUGGCGGGCAAGUCGUUCGGGCUGUACCCGCACUCGUCGGCGCGGCUGGGGAGCGCGAGCUCGGCGGCGCCCCCAGGCUCCAACGCCAACCCGACCAAGAGCAGCACGGCGCCGCCGGAGCACGCCAACGCCGACGUGGCCAACCACGCCGCGGCGGUGACGACCUCGAUGGCCCUGCUGGGCGCGCGGGACCUGAGCAUCGGCAUCGCGCUGGCCAAGUUCGGCGCCGACGGCAAACUGCGCGACAUGGGCACCCUCAUCCUCUCCGGCAUGGUUCUCUGUGUCGUCGACGUCUACCAUAUCUGGCGCCUCAGGGGGCCGGGUUGGGGCGCUGCGUUCGCUGCGGGCGCGGGACUCUGGGUUGGUAUUGGGGUCGGGUUGGUGCAGGUGUAG